ACACCAAGUCUAUGAAGAUAACAAAAGCCAUGAAGAAGCUCAAGUUCUGGUCAAAAAAGAAGAAGAAAAAGAGAGCUCCUCUUCUUGAACAACCACCAUCACCACCACCGCUGCUCCUUCCUUGCUAUUAUCACUGCCCUUAUUAUUCAAUUCAGCCGUCAGCACCACCUUUGCCACCUUGGUUCGAUUACGAGCAGCAGCAGCAACAACCACAUGAUGACUCAAUUUUCACAACAGAGCAAGGUUCAAGUUCAACAUCAGUCAGUUUGAAUCAAACUCAUGGUACUAAUUCGCAGCACACUGAUAAUAUUAGUGAAAUCAAUCAACCAAAACAGACACCGUUUGAUAAUACUUUGCCUCAACAGAACAUGGUUCCGAAUCAAGUGUAUGGUGUACCAAUAACAGCAGAAGCAAGAACUGAGAGAGCAGGUGGAGCUUUUGGAUGUGUGAUUAAUUAUGGAGCUCAUUUAUUCCGUUGCUUCUUUCCUUGUUUUCACAUUCGAGAAUUAAAGUGAGCUGUCUCCAUGGAAAAGCUGAAGCAAAGCCCAUAUCAGACUACCAUGUCAUUGGCAGAACAGUUGAUAACCCUUGCUUUCGAGUUGCGACCACAAAUUGUAUAAUGGACUCAAGAAACCUAGGAUUGGUUUACCUUUUGCAUUUGCCUCUAUCCGGAAACUAUUUAGUUUG